AUGGAAGAAGAUGCAUCAAGCAUGGUUUCGAAUGCUAAAAUGUACGUGAAUGGCGACACUUCGGAUUCAAACAACAGUUCGUAUACAGUUUUUCCUUCUUGCAAGCGCAAUAACAAUAAUAAUAAUGUGUCGUCGGUGAAGUUUAAAGGAGUUGUGCCACAACAGAAUGGGCAUUGGGGAGCCCAAAUUUAUGCCAACCACCAAAGAAUCUGGCUAGGCACAUUCAAAUCUGAGAAAGAAGCAGCAAUGGCAUAUGACAGUGCCGCACUGAAGAUUCGCGGCGACGAUUCCCAACGAAAUUUCCCAUGGACAGACAACAACAACCAAGAACCGAAUUUCCAAAACCAAUUCACCAAAGAGGCAAUUUUAAACAUGAUUAGAGAUGGAACAUACCAACCGAAAUUCGCCGAUUUUGUCCGAAUUCAAUCCCAAAGAGAAGAUCAAAAUUACAUUGAUGGUGGAACUGCAAGUCUCAACCAAAUAUUAGUGCAUGGAGAUGAACAAUUCUCAUGCAGGCAAUUAUUUCAGAAGGAAUUGACUCCAAGUGAUGUUGGUAAGCUAAAUAGACUUGUAAUUCCAAAGAAAUAUGCAGUAAAAUAUUUCCCAUAUAUAUGUGAAAAUGCAGAAGAAAAUAAUGCCCUCAAUGGAGGAGUUAAUGACUUAGAAUUAGGGUUUUUUGAUAAGCACAUGAGGCCAUGGAAAUUCAGGUAUUGUUUUUGGAGAAGCAGCCAGAGUUAUGUAUUUACAAGAGGGUGGAAUAGAUUUGUGAAGGAGAAAAAAUUGAAGGAAAAAGAUAUAAUUACAUUUUAUAAUUGUGAGUGCACAAAUAGUAAUGGAGGAAAAGAGGGACAAAAUUUCUUUUUAGUUGAUGUGAUACAACACACUGAAUUAGGGCUUGAAACUCAGCUGCAAUUGGAGCUAAAUAAUAAUAAUAUUAGGAAAAAUAAUAGUUUCAGCUAUAAUUCAGAGUCAGAAUUGAGAGAUUAUGACCAUGAGAAGAAGAAUAAUAAAGCUUCAAAUUUGGAUCUUCAUGAGAGCAAAGGGUUUAGGCUUUUUGGUGUACAGAUUAGGAGAUGA